AUAGAGCUCAAUGCCAAAUCAGCUGUGCUACUUGAGUUUGCGAGAUAUCUCUGUACUGCGUUUACGUACGUUGACGGGAAAUACAUGUACGCUGUGUUGUUAUUGGGAAUGCCGUAAAUCCACUAGAGAAAUAUAAUCAUUUGAUGCCAUCUAUCUCGCAAGUUUUCACCAUGCCAAAUCCAUCGGUACGACGAGAGGGACCGAUGAAACUUCGGUUGACAGUUCUAUGUGCUAAGAACAUCAGCAAGAAGGAUUUUUUCAGGUUGCCCGACCCGUUUGCCAAGGUAGUGGUUGAUGGAUCAGGACAGUGCCACUCGACAGACUACUGCAAAGGAACUCUUGAUCCAAAAUGGAACCAGCAUUAUGACUUAUUCCUGAGUCUGAGUGACAGCAUCACACUGAGUGUAUGGAAUCAUCGGAAGAUCCACAAGAAGCAGGGAGCUGGUUUCCUGGGCUGUGUCAAGAUUCUUUCCCAUGCCAUCCAGAGACUCAAAGACACUGGUUAUCAAAGGUUAGAUCUAUGCAAGCACAAACCCGAGGAUGGGGACAACAUCCGCGGUCAGAUCGUCAUUAGCCUUACGUCUAGAGACCGGGUGGGGUCAUCGGCCAGCGGAGCGGUGGUCGACUCCCGUAACAUCAACCCUCAUCCUAUGCUACCUUCGGAUCCCAACGAACUGCCUGAUGGGUGGGAGGAGCGUAUGUCAACCUCAGGUAGAGUCUACUAUGUCAAUCACCUCACAAGAACAACACAAUGGGAUAGGCCAACAAGGCCUGCAGUGGAGUGCACCCAAUCCCAAGCACCCUCAUCACGGACGUCCACCCAUGCCAACGGUCACCAUAACAACCACCAUCACCACUCCUCCACCUCCUCAACCUCAUCUCAACCUCAUCAUAGAGGAACGAGUCAUGGCGACAGAGGGGGAGGGGGAGGGGGAAGUGGCGAGGGUCACGAAGGGGUGCGGCCGGGGGCGUCCAGUCGGCACGGGGGGCCUGCACCAUCGGAAGAGCAGAACAAGUACACCAGGAGGGCAACAUCUAGGAUGAGGAACUACAUGAAUCGAUCAACGCUGCAUAGAGUCAUCGAUCUACCCGAGGGAUAUGAGCAACGGACGACGGCACAAGGCCAGGUCUACUUCUUAGACACCAGCUCAGGGGACAGCACGUGGCACGACCCCCGCCUCCCCCGUGACCUUCACAUCAACGAGGCUGACCUUGGAGGGCUCCCUCCUGGUUGGGAGACGAGACACACGGCUACCGGAAGGGUCUACUACGUGGACCAUAACAACAGGACUACGCAGUUCACAGAUCCUAGGCUGGACGCACAGAUCAUCAACAGAGCAAUGUCCAAGCAAAACGGCAAUACAGACUCCUCACCGGUACCAAAGUACAAGCGGGACCUGGUCCAGAAGAUGAAGUUACUACAUGCAGAGCUAGCGACGGUCCAACCUCAGACAGGACACUGUAGGAUAGAGGUCGGAAGGGAAAACAUCUUUGAGGAAUCCUACCGUCAGAUCAUGAAGCUGAAACCGAAGGACCUGAGGAAACGUUUGGCCAUCAAGUUCAAGUCUGAGGAGGGUCUUGACUAUGGGGGCAUCACCAGGGAGUGGCUCUACCUCCUCUCUCAUGAGAUGCUCAACCCUUACUAUGGCCUCUUCCAGUACUCCAGGGAUGACAUCUAUACAUUACAGAUCAACCCAGACUCAGGAGUCAAUCCAGAACAUCUGUCCUACUUCCAUUUUGUGGGACGAGUGAUCGGUCUUGCCAUCUUCCAUGGUCACUACAUAGAUGGAGGGUUCACCAUGCCGUUCUACAAGCAGCUUCUUGGAAAGCCAGUCAGUCUCGAGGACAUGGAGACCGUAGACCCUGAGGUCUACAGAAGUCUGGUCUGGAUACUAGAGAAUGACAUCACCGGUAUAUUGGAGAACACAUUUGCAGUGGAACACAACUCAUUCGGUCAAAUGCAGAUCCACGAACUCAAGCCUAAUGGGAUCGACAUCCCAGUCACAGAGGAAAAUAAGAAGAAAUAUGUCAAAUUGUUUGUGCAAUGGCGUUUCUUGCGUGGCAUCGAGCCCCAGUUCCUGGCUCUCCAGAAGGGCUUCCAUGAGCUCAUCCCGCCGAGGCUCCUCAAACCGUUUGACGAGCGCGAGCUGGAGCUCCUCAUCAAUGGCCUCGGUAAGAUCGACGUUGAGGACUGGAAGAACAACACCAGGCUCAAGAACUGUUCGCUGGAGACGGCCAUUGUCCAGUGGUUCUGGCAGGCGGUGGAUUCGUUUGAUGAGGAGAAGAGGGCGAGAUUGCUUCAGUUUGUUACUGGAACGUCCAAGGUGCCUUUGGAAGGUUUCAAGGCCUUGCAGGGUUCUACCGGUGCGUUGAGUCCACGUCUGUUCACCAUUCAUCAAAUAGAUGCCAACACUGACCUGUUACCCAAGGCACACACGUGCUUUAACCGCCUUGACCUCCCACCGUAUGAGAAUUACUCCAAGUUCUUUGACAAACUGACGUGUGCUAUAGAGGAGACGUGUGGCUUCACUGGCGAAUGAGACGACAGACAGACCUUUCCACAGAACUGCUUUAGUAUUAUGUGCACCAUCUUCACUGAUUGGGGUUUGUUGUUAUGAAUUGGAGUGCAACGGAAGUAGGAAAUGGCUGGAUUAGAAGUGCAGUUAUCUAUGGAUAGGCAGCAAACAGGCAGCGAAGAGCUUUGAAGAUAUUCAUGAAGGACUCUCCAACCUGACCUGUAAAAUCAUGUGCACUGCACCAUCUUCACCGAACGGAGUUUGUUGUUAUGAAUAGGAAUGUAACAGAAGUACGGAUUGCCUGGAUUAGGAGUGCAGUUAUCUUGCAGUUAUCUUGAACAGGCAGCGAAGAGCCUUGAGGAUAUUCACAAAGGACCCUCCAACCUGACCUGUGAAAUCAUGUGCACUAUCUGUAGCCAGCUCACGACUGUUGCAAGGAUCGCAAGAGAAAGACAGAUGGGACUAUAUCUACUAUCUACAGAGCACUGCACAGCUACACACCAAGAGGCUAUUCAGUCACAUUUUGUGAUUAAAGAUCAUCAUGUGCACCUUCUCCACCUUGUCAUGUUUCUGGUAGGCCAUCCUUCGCUCACAGACAGUGCAAAGGAGAAAGGAGAGGGGCGAAAUGUUCAUAAGAGAAGAAAGAGAGGUGGGAUAUGCAAAGAUAAAUAAAAUAAAUGGGUCCAACACUCAUCUGAUAUCUUAGUAAUGUCACCCCUUUAUUACCAUGCAGUAUUCAGACUGGUGCCCUAUCUCAUAGUGUGGUUGUGCAGGGAAUAGCUGGAUAUUAGUAGUGAGAAGAGGCUGUGUUCAAUUCGAUUUUUCAGUAACUUGUGUUAGGAUCACAUGUGGCAGAGUUGAUGUUAGCACAAAUGUUUAUAUGAAAGAGAGGGUGUGAGUGAAAAGGAAAACUAUUACCUUUUUUUUUGUAUGGAUGCCAAUUAAAUAUACCAGUUCACAAAUAUAUUUGAAUUUAGGAUGCUCCAUCGCCAAGUGAUAAAUUCUUUCAUUUGCUUGAUUCAACUUUCCUUUAUUGCAAAAUCUUUGAAAUCAAGUCACAUGCUUAACUGUUGCCAUGUCAGGCAAGCUUGCCUCUCCAACCUUCGGGGGAAGUCAAGAGCUAUGAUUUUGGUAGUGAAGCUCUGCAUAAGAUUUUGAUAUUGGAAUUUAUUUGACACUGGUUCGAAUCACUAAUACACUUUAAAAAAACACUCUUUUAAAAAUACUUUUUAAAAUUUGCUGAGUUGUUGAAUGGUUGUAGAAAUGUAAGCUGUAAGGAAAAAGUUACUGGACAGUUUGGAUCCAACCUUUUCAUAAGAAGAAAAGAAUACCCAAUGCCAUCUCUGUAAGUUGUGCAACUGUAUUUGCUUUAAAAAAAAUACUGUACCCUUAAAUUAUCUUUGAAAAGAUUAAGUAAUUUGCUAUUUGGAUGCCCCAUUCAGUGUGCAUUAUUUUGGGGUUUUGAUAGUGGUAUGUGCAGUUUAUGCUUGGUUUGUAGUUAAUUAGUGUGAGCUCAAGAUUUCCCAUAGGAUGAAAAGACUAUCAGCGUUCCUAUAAAGAGAGACAAAAGAAAAGGAUCUUUUACAAGGAUUAUAUAGGCAAGGCAAUCUUUGUCUCUCUCUCGGCUUGUGUUACCCAAAUUCCUUUCUUUUGAACAAACAGUAUAAAAGAAUACAGGUGUGAAGUGACCCUUUAAGAAAGCAACACAAUACUAACUAUGUAAUAACUUAUUGAAGAUGUGGAAGUGAACCUCUUUGCUUAAAUGUUAGCCAUUUAAAAUGCAGGUGUGAAGUGACCCUUAAUUUAUCUGACACCACCUAUAGCUGUGUAAUCUCUAGUAUAGUCAAACCAGAUUUUGUAUUCCAAUCAAUCAUAAGAAUAUUUUUACUCUUCAUGAUGAAUCUCUUACAAUGUAGAACUUGGUGUGAAAAGACGAGUACAGAUUCAAAAGGGCAUUAUUCAAAAGGAAUCGUACCAUUUGUAUGAAGGAACAAUUAUUCAUUUGAGUGCUCCAAGCAGAUGUUCUGUGUUUGUUGUGAAGGAAAGCUUGCAAAGGGUUAGUUUGUUUUGAAAUGUUGAGCGAAGGACAAUUUUGUUGUUUUUUCCUUACAUCUGCCUUAUGUUGAGCUGCGUUCAGAGUUGAAAUUUGAUUUACUGAAAUGUUUUCCCCGUUGUUUGAUUGUAAGUUUAACUUUCUUGUUAUAUUUCUUGUCAUAUUUCUGUUUUUAAACAAUAAUAAUUCAAAGGUGCAGGCUCCUCUGAUGAAAUAGGUCAAAGUUUUAAGGCAGGAUAUGAAGUGUUCUAGACCAUCAAUCUCAUAAAAAGAAGAAGGGACUCACAGGAGUGAGUUCCACCAGCAAACAGCAAUGGAUGAGAAUUAAGGCACGGUCUCAAUAAGUGCGUUUAGUUUACCAUCACAAACCUGUAUUAAAAACAUUGUCAACUUCAUGUGCUUACAUUAUUGUAUUCCAGCUAACUUGCCCAUACCAGAAAAUGAUUUUGUCAUACACAGGUUGAGAGAAAAAACGUCUUGAUUACAUGAAUGUAGGACAAAGCAUUUGGUUAUUACAAUACCUAAAUAUUCUUACUGGUUUGUGAAAUUUGAGCCGGCGUGUACGUCAAUAGAAAUUCUGCUGGUAUGUGCUGAAAGAUUGUUAUUGUUUCUCUUACCUCUAUAGUUGAAUUGUGUUUUGUAUAUUUUUAAGGGAGCAUUCAUUUUAAUGUCCACAAACAUCAUAGAUGUAUUGAUAUACAACCUGACAAAUUGCCAUUAAUAGUGUUUCAUUGAAUCCAUAUUGGAAGACAAAACAUUAAUAACUAUAAUUAGAUAAACGACAUGUUAAUAGGAAUACUAAAUUUGUUCUUCUCAUUUUUUUUUUGUUCACCUGAGGAGUGAAUUUUGAGUGUGGCUGACAAAUGAAGCUGUGACCAGGCCAGUUUCAGGCGACUGGAUGUGUUUUGAGGAAGCAUAAGAAUGGCGAUUUAGUUCAUGAAGUAUUGAUUGCUUGGAAAGCUAUAAAUUCUGCUGGCGGGAAGCAUGUGGAUAUAUUUAGCACAUGUUUUAUGUUAUAUACAGGUGCAUUUAGAGUUGCUGACUUUAUAAUUAAGAUCAAAGCAGUAUUGAACAUACAUUUGUUAUUUUGCUCAAUUCAUACAAGUUUUACUAUGUACGCUCUGUUUGGCAAUCACGUUGUUUGCAAAUUUGAAAUUUAUCAUAUUUUGGUGUUUAAAGUAAGUGUUGCUUAUUUUACAAAUAUUUUGCACUACUUUUUUAUCACAACCCUUGUGAUCCUGUCUCUCUGAAUUCAUGUCUUAGUAUCUCUUCUUGUUAUUUUCUGCCUUUCUCUCUCUCUCUUUUUGCUUUCCCUCCAAUCUCUCAUUUUCAUUCUUUCUAUUAAUUUAUAUUUUUCUAUAUUGUAUUUUGUAUUUCUCUCGAGAAGAGGAAAGGAAUCUGAGAUUGAUUUAGGUGUGGUCAUUCUCUUUUCAUUGUGCUAUAGGUAAUAUGCCCAGAGGCUAUCAUAUAAAUGUACCUUUACUGUUAGUGCCCUUUUGCGCCCAGGAUUAAAUCAUGUUUUACCUCUCAUUUGUUUUAUACUCCACUGAAGUUGAUGACCCCCCCUGAAAGAAAUAGAAAAACACACUUCACAGUAGCAUAGAAUCGCUAGAAGGAAAGUCUUACCAGGCCACCAAACCUGAAUAUGGACUUUAAACCCUAAAUACAGGAAAUACAUCAAAUUGUGAAAUUGCAAGCAAACUAAUGUUUUGUCACUAAAAGGCUUUGUUGUGAUAACAUUCAUAAAAUCAUGGCACAUGAUUGUGGACACAUACAUGUAACGAUCAUAUGCAACAAGUUAUCUUUUGGUAGCUUUCAUGUACUGGUACUAAUUUUAUGACUUCACAUAGCAAAUGGUUGAAGACAAUGGUUGAUGUAUCGUCUGUUCACAGCUAAAAGAGUGUCAAACUAUGUGUUUCAGUUUAGAAAUGAGCUCCUUUCUUAUAUCAGUUAUUAUGUUGAUGUCCAAGAUAUUUGACAACUAACAGGAAUGCAAAUGGGCAGUUUUAAUACCGGUAUCUAAAUUUGAUGAAGGCUGAAUUUCUUUUUAUAACGAUACAAAUGAAGUGCAUAUCAUAUCACCAAUACUUCUGUAUCGGUAACAUUUGAGCAAUACAAUGACGAAUUGGAUCUCCUGAAGGUUACACAGUAUGUGGAAAAUGUUACAGAUCCAUUUUAUGCUAAUAACAAGCCUUCAGUAUCGCCUUUCUUGAAUCUGUUGCUUUCAUCACCAUCAUCCAAUACCUUUACCUCAGAAAAAUUUCAUGAGACUUUAUUUUGGAAUGAUUUAAACAGACCGCUAUAGAAUAUUGAUAUAGGUCAUAUACGACUGGUCCUGUUAAAGCAUAUCCACUUUUGCAUUUACCUGUACUGGUUUUCGUAAAACUGAUAGCAACACCUUAAAAAAUAUCUGGCAAAGCUUAUUCUUUUUCCUAUCCUCUUCCCCCAACAAUUCAUCUUAUAUUUAUGGGCAAUUUGAAAUCUCUUGGAGGUGGAUAUCUACUACAGGUUUUGAUGAAAAUGUGUAAAUUGUAAUCACCAUUUUGUAUUUUGUAUAUUGAUAUUUGUAACAUGUUGGAAUGUCUCCUUAACUUAUUCACUUGUUUAUAUUAUAAAUACAACACAAAUAUAUAUUAAUACAAAUAUGUUUAUACUCCGUUGGAAAAUCCAUGACAAAAUGGCCACAGUAAAUGGAGAAAUGGUUCCAAAUAUCCUUCUUUAUGGCUCUAAUAUUUAUAGCCUGAACCAUCUGUGGACCAUACAUGUAUUAAGUCAUUUUUGUAUUUCACUUUUGAGCAUUAUGUAGAAUUACACUAUAGACAGGGUUAUGUUUCAUUUUCAUUGUAAUUAAACCAAUUGUCAAAUAUAUUCAAACAAUUUCUUUUAUUUAUGUGUAAAAUUUGUAUUGUUUGUACAUUUGAGUAGACAUAAGAAUAUGCUUGAAUUGUACUUUCUUUUUCUUCUUUCUUUGUUCUCUUUUUUUAUUGUUAUUAUUUUGAAGGACACGAGUGUAUAUCAUGUAGUCUGAAAUAAAUAUUCAUGAACGAUAAAUUGAAAUGUA